AGUCACUUUGUCUAAAGUUUGUGUGUUAUACGUUGUGGUCAUUUUUUGUUCUGAAAACAAAAUGUACAAAUUUAUAAUAAUUUUUUUUAAAAUCUUAUUCAGUGCAAUAAGAAGUUGUGAAAAUGUUCAAAUUAUUAAUGGUAACAUAACAACACGGGAAAAGUAUCCAUGGAUUGUCUCAAUGAAUACGGCGAGUAAGAUUCAUUGGAUUAUUUGCCUAAUUUCUAAAAAGUGGGUGAUUACGAGCGCACAUUGUUAUGAAAACCGUUGGUUUCCAAGUUAUCAAUUUAUUAGAGCCGGAUCCGACCUUCCCGAGUCGGAUGGUGUUUGGUCUUAUAUAGAGACAUGGAUUAUACAUCCUGAUUAUGACUCAAAUACUGCAGAAAACGAUGUUGCUUUGAUUCUUUUAAGCUCGGAACUUGAAGAGUCGAACAAAAUAUGUUUAAUUGAAAUGGUAAAUCAGGGAUACGUAAUAGAAGAUGGUCUAGAAGUAAGAACAGCAGCAUUUGGUGAAACCUGUGACGAAUGCAAAAUAGGCCAACAACUAUUCGAACUUGUUCAAACAACAUGCACACCAGUUGAAAGUGAAAAAAGUGAAUUUGAUGAUGGAACAGGAGGAACUGUAAUGUGUUCUAUUGAUAAACAAGAGAAAUCUACGAUUUGUGAUGGUGAUUCCGGCGCUGGAUACACAAUUCCCAAAAAUAGUAACCCUGCUUUUCCGGUGUCCUCAGCAUCCAUAUCAGUACAUAGGGAAUGGAUAAAAAGACAAACGGGCAUUUAAAAUCUAGCUACAACAAAACAAAAUUAAAACAACAAUUUAGCUUGAAAAUUAGAAGUGCUUACUCGCCAUAUUUAUUGAGACAAUCCAUGGAUACUUUUCCAGUGUUGUUAUGUUACCAUUAAUAAUUUGAACAUUUUCACAACUUCUAAUUGCACUGAAUAACAUUUAAAAAAAAAUUAUUAUAAAUUUGUAGAUUUUGUUUUCAGAACAAAAAAUGACCACAAUGUAUAACACACACACUUUAGACAAAGUGACUGAAUUUCAUUACUUCAUGUGCUUUUAAUUACCUUUUUAUCGCAAUAAAAUGUUUUCUAAUCUAUGCAAUAAAUUCUGAAUUUGAUUAACAUUCAAUAUGCAGUGUGCAAUUGCUAA